ACUGCAGUGUUCUCAGUGACUGGAAUCUAGGUGGGGCGCUCUCCUCCCUCAGAGCUUUUCUGCUGAUUAAAAACAGGGAGUUUACACACUCGCCUCUCACACGCGCAAGCACAGCCUAAGGAAAUCUCCUAGAAGAAAACCCGUCUCUCUCUCUCUCUCUCUUUUUCUCGGGCUUGUUCAGCCAUCUUCUCCUGAAGGUUGUCUGCACAGAAUGGUCAGGUGUGGCUUGGCCUGUUGGAGGUGCCGAUGGCUCCUUCCCCUUCUCCUGGGCUUAGCCAUCAUCCUGGGCAUAAUUGCACUGGCUGGCAGGGGAUGGUUAGAGUCGGCUGAAGCACCCUAUGUGCGCAAGACGUCGCUGUGGUCGGACUGCAUGAAACAAAAUGAGGAGGACUACAACUGGGCGUGCAAUUCCCUCAUGGACUAUAGCUGGGGUAAAGCUGCUGCUGCUACAUACCUUGUUGGCUUUGUCAUCCUCUGUAUCUGUUUUUGCCUAGCAGUCAUAGCAUUUUCCAUUGAUAUACUACGGUUUAACUUUGUCCGAGGAAUUGGAGGCUUGCUCUUCGUUGUUGCUGCUUUCCAGAUUAUAGGCUUGGUCAUCUAUCCAGUGAUGUUUGUUGAAGAGAUUCCAUUGACAGGAAGUAACAUGUUCAGUUGGGCCUAUGGCUUUGGUUGGGCAAGCACUGUUAUUGCAAUAGGCUGUGCGUUCUUUUUCUGCUGUCUUCCCAACUGGGAAGAUGAAGUUCUGGGUAACAUAAAACCCUACAUGUACAGUGGUGCCAUGGAUGUUUGAUGCAGAGUUGGUAUAAAAGAUUGUUUUGAGUAAAUAAAGCAAUAUUAUUU